AUGGCUCUCAGCCACCUCUUCUGCUUCUAUUUCAUGACGAGGUGGUGUCUUUGCACUGGUCCUGGAAUGUCGACGGGCUCGGACAUCGGCUCAACUACCCGAAGCAUGUGCUUGCCGAAGCGAAGGUGCUUCACUGGACAGGGCCUCUGA